UUGGCGAACGGGCGAGUGGCGUCACGCGCAGCGGGGCGCCGAUUGGCCGCGGGUGUCGCGUCGCUAGCGACCCGCCUGGCGGUGGAUGUCGCAGCCGCUUUUCCCUGUUGUCGUUUGAAAUUCGGUCCAACAUGGCGGCGCCCGGGAGUGUGGCCGAGGCGACGGCGGCGCCCGCGGGUGCGAGGCGGGAGGAGGAGCCGGAGCCAGAGCCGGAGCCAGAGCCGGGCGCGACCGGGCCCAGCGGGGACGCGGGGGGCGACAGCGAGGAGGAGGAGGACGUGUUCGAGGUGGAGAAGAUCCUGGAUGUCAAGACAGAGGGCGGUAAAAUUCUGUACAAAGUACGGUGGAAGGGAUAUACCUCAGAUGAUGAUACAUGGGAGCCAGAGGUGCAUCUAGAAGACUGUAAAGAAGUGCUGCUUGAAUUCAGGAAAAAAAUUGUGGAUAAGCCUAAACCUGUUAAGAAGGACAUACAGAAGCUGUCUCUAAACGAUGACUUAUUUGAGGCAGAAUCUGACAGUGACUGGCAAAGUGAAACAAAAGAGGAUGCAUCACCUAAGAAAAAAAAGAAAAAAUCAAAAGAUGGAGAGGAUAGAAGCCCAGAUGAUCAGAAAAAGAAAAAGUCAAAGUCUGCAAAAGUCAAAGACAAACCCAGAAUAGAACGUGAAAAUUCAUCUGACAGUUUGGUUUUAGAUUCAAAGCCAAAGAAAAGGACUUCAGAGACUAGGGAAGAUUCAAAAGAUUCUAAGAAGCAAAAGAAAGAAGAUUCUAAAGAAUUCAAGAAAAAGAAGGGAGAAAGUAAAGAUUCAAAGGCAAAAUUUAAAGAGGAUUCUAAAGAAAGUAAAAAGCUACGUAAAGAAAAACAUGGUGACCUUCAGUUUGAUUCUGAGUCAAGUGCUCUAGAUGAUUCAUUUUUUCCAGCAGGUGAUAAUGAAAAUUCAGAUUUAUGUUCUGAAAGUAAAGAGGAGAAACAAAAGGUAAAAAGUGGAAAAGAGAAAUCAGAGCAAGAAAUGGUUCAGAAGGACUCCUUUGCUGAUAGGCAGCCAGAUGGGUCGGCCAGUACUGAGGAGGAUAGUAUUGAACUUAAGGUUAAGAGAAAGAAGAAAAAACUUAAAAAACAUGAAGAUUACAAAGAGGAAAGUAGAAAAGUAGAAAUGAAGGACACCCCUUUAGAGAAGAAAAGCAUACACAAAAAACAAAAAGUUCAAGAAAAAGUCAAAGCUUCUACAGAAGUAGAUAAAGUGUCACCUACUCCUGCUCCAGUGCAGAGAGCUUCAAAAUUAAGUACUGAUGAGAGAGGGCGCAGGUCUACUGAUUCAACUGGAGAGGAAAAGGAAGCAAAGAAAAGUGAAACAAAAGAGAAACCCCAGAAAAGAUAUGAUUCUGAAAAGGAAGAAAAAGGCAGAAAAGAACACAAGGGACUGAAAAGUCUAAAGGACAUCAAAAGUGCAUUUGAUUUAUUUAAUAUGACUUCAGAAGAAAAAAAUGAGUAUUCUGAGAAUAACCGCAAAAGAGAAGAGUCUACUCUGGACUAUAAGUUCAUGGACGAGUUCAAAUCAAAAGAAAAUAGACUAUACAAGGAAAGGAGGAGCAUAAGAGAUGAAACGGAUACCUGGACUUAUAUCGCUUCAGAAGGUGAUCGGGAAGUACUGGAUGUAUGUCAAAUGGAAGAGAACUCUGAUGGCAGGCAGCAGGUCUUGAGUUUGGGUAUGGACAUGCAGCUAGAAUGGCUGACACUAGAAGACUUUCAAAAGCAUCUUAAUGGAGAUGAUGAGAAUCAUGCAUCAACAGAACCAAUUUCAAGUGCUCUGCUGAGGGAUGCUGUUAAAAAUGGAGAUUAUGUUACAGUAAAGAUGGCUCUUAAUUCGAAUGAAGAAUAUAAUCUGGAUCAAGAGGAUUCAAGUGGAAUGACUUUAGUGAUGCUGGCUGCUGCAGGAGGGCAUGAUGACCUCCUCCGGCUCCUUAUUAGGAAAGGAGCCAAAGUUAACAGCAGACAGAAAAAUGGAACAACUGCAUUGAUACAUGCUGCUGAAAAGAACUUCUUAACUACAGUGGCCAUUCUUUUGGAGGCUGGGGCUUAUGUGAACAUCCAGCAGAGCAAUGGAGAAACUGCUUUAAUGAAGGCUUGCAAGAGAGGAAACUCUGACAUUGUACGACUAAUGAUUGAAAGUGGAGCAGACUGCAACAUUUUAUCAAAGCAUCAGAACAGUGCACUUCAUUUUGCUAAACAGUGCAAUAAUGUACUAGUGUAUGACCAGCUCAAGAGUCACUUAGAAACACUCUCAAGAGUGGCAGAGGAUACAAUCAGAGAUUACUUUGAAGCACGGCUUGCCUUGCUGGAGCCUGUCUUUCCUAUUGCAUGUCAUCGUCUCUGUGAAGGACCAGACUUUUCUACAGAUUUCAGUUAUAAACCACCACAAAAUGUGCCAGAAGGAUCUGGAAUUCUUCUGUUUAUUUUCCAUUCAAACUUCUUUGGGAAAGAGGUCAUCGCUCGACUCUGUGGACCAUGCAGUGUACAAGCUGUAGUUUUAAAUGAUAAAUUCCAGCUUCCUGUAUUUUUGGACAGUCACUUUAUUUAUUCCUUUGGCCCUGUUACAGGCCUUAAUAAGCUUUUUAUACGGUUAACAGAAGCUCCAACUGCCAAGGUAAAGUUGCUAAUAGGAGCCUACAGAGUGCAGUUGCAGUGACUUCAUGGAAGUUACAAGGUGGUUGCUAUGACUUCUUUUUAUUUUGUUUGGAUGUACUUCUGGUUCCUCCCUCCAUUUUGACUGACAAAGCAGUUUGGAACUUUUAGCACCUCCAUCAUUCAGACCAUGUUCCCACCUUAAUGUUGUUCGUUGAGCAGUCUCCUGUUGGGAGAUGCAUGUUGGGUAGCCAGUGAAUGUGCUCCACAGGUGGGACAGGGCUGUCAGGUUCAUUCUGUGCAGACACGGAUGUAAGUAUUUGUGCCAUUGGCUGUAAUUCCAUUUUUCUUUGUGGAGUCCAGACUGGAUAUCUCUGCUUUCCACAAUGUGGAAUGGUGCAUUUAAGAAGUAUUUAAGAAAACUAGAUAAAAUGUGUCUCUCUUUUUUUCUUUUUUUUUUUUUAAUAGCAAAGAUCUUUUUCACUUGUAAACUAAAAUUUUCUACUUGUUCAAACUAAUGUUUCUACAGGAAAUGCAGAUCUGUUACAUUCUUAGAGCAGUGGGCAGAGUUAUGCUUUACAGUUACUGCAUUAAAGACUUCACUUUCGAAUUGCCAAGAGUUGCACUCCUGGUCAUGGAAUGGGAUCUCUCAGGAGCAGAAUCUUUGCAUCAGGAAUAAGAGAGCGGUUAUGUUUAAACAUUGGUUACUGUAGAUCAUGGCUAAGUCUUUUGGCAAGUAUAAAUAAAGAAUUUCUGAGUAAGCCUAAGGCAUAAUGGAUGCUUAAGUCACAAGUUGUCUAGUUUAGAUCAGAUUUUAAAAGCUACUUUUGUACUGGAGGAAGAACUGAUGGUUUGACAGAAACUUUAAACUUUCAGGUCUCUCAUUUUUUGUGAUGUACAAGAAAAAUACCUAGCUGGAAAACAAACUAGAAACAUUAUAUCCAUGCACAGUAUGUAGGUAAAGCCUCCUGUAGACAUAAGGAUGUAAAGGGUUUCAAGCAUUUCCCAGCCUUUCAGGUGGGAUUUCAUGUAUUGACCUCUAAUUUGAACAUUCAGUUCCUUAGUGCAAAGAGCUGUUAUCUGUUAUUGAAAUGACCCAUUCUGUCAGAUGACAGCAGUCUUGUAACGGUUCUGUGCUAUUAAAUGCAAAUGUAAAACUUCUGCAUGAAACAGAACAAUAUUUUUGUUUAUAAAUUAAAAUCAGUUUGAAAGGUAAAAAGAAAUCCAGAUUGUGCCUUUGCUGUUCUGGUUGCUCUGUGUAACUUACAUGCCGCGAUGUGCCUAUAUUGUUACCAAAACUAUUGUGGAUAAGUGCUUAUUGUACUAGAGUGAUCACCAUUAAAAUGGUGCAAAUGUAUUAUGUAUCCUUUAAGAACUGUGAUUUUUAAGUUGUAGUUUCACAAAAGUUCAUUGGUCUUCAGAAUACAAAGCAGGAGGUUUUAGAUGCCAAAUUACAGUAACUGAACAUACUUUCAGUCUCUCAAAAUGUCUCGUGAAGCAAAAUAAAACUAGAACAGCAACACAGCCCCCUUACAUACCUGCAUUUUUACUUUGGGUUGAAGUACCUGUCUCUUCCUCUUCUUUUUAUUUAAACGCUAUUGUGUUGGAAAUGUUAAGUUUACCCUAAGAUCUGUUAAAGUUUGGGUGCUUUCAAUAAGCAUGUCAAAUACAUCAUUUCAUAAUCUGUCAACCUAAUGUUUGAGCUGCAAAAGCAAACAUCAGUUGAGGAUAGAGUACUCUGGAGAUCUUGCACAAUUGCACUUGUACCCAGUCACUGUUGUUAAACUCAUCUUCAGCCUUUUAUAAAAUAACCUUGAGUUUCAGGCAAAACUUGCACUGGUUUGUGGCCAUGGCAAACAGGAGGAGGAUCUGUUCUCAAAUCAUUGCCCAGGGCCCAGGCUCCAGCAUGAGGCUUGGCUGAGCCAUCUCUUUCAGAUACUUGCACAGUUCCAAAGAUUGGCCUGGCACUUGGGUGACUCACUUUGGGUGGAGAAGCCUUUAGGAUGUAGGGUUGAGUCGCAGGACCUGUCUGAGGACUGGGAGAAAAGCUCUGUGAGCACAAUGUAAAGAGAGACUGCAGUAAUAAUAAAUAUGGCCCCAUUUGGAAACUGUUAUACAGUGCAAGCUGCACAAAAAACACUUCCCCUCUCAUUUCUUGCUGCUUCCUAAGCAGUCACGGGUUUGUUGGAAAAGCGUGUUGAGUAAUAAAAGUGAAUACAUGGUG